AUGCUCAGAUUAUCCUCAAACUCCUCAGAUUAUCCUCAGACUACUCCUCAAACUCCUCAGUCUAAUCUUCAGACUCCUCUUCAGAUUAUCCUCAAACCCCUCAGACUACUCCUCAAACUACUCCUCAAACUACUCCUCAGUCUAAUCCUCAGACUCCUCCUCAGAUUAUCCUCAAACUCCUCAGAUUAUCCUCAAACUCCUCAGAUUAUCCUCAAACUCCUCAGAUUAUCCUCAGACUACUCCUCAAACUCCUCAGAUUAUCCUCAAACUCCUCAGACUACUCCUCAAACUCCUCAAAUUAUCCUCAGAUAA